UCUUGAUCCAACAGCCCCAAUAAAAACAACAACAACAACAAGAAGAAGACAUAUAUAGAUGACAUCUUUUCCCUGGAGUGCCAUGAGGCUUCUGAAUGCAGUGCUACUUCUGCUAGUGCUUACAGUGGCUGCACAAGAUGAGUCGCGGAUCAUUGGAGGCCAAGAGUGCCCCAAGCACGGUCAACCCUAUCAGGUCAUCCUCUCCAACAGCAGGAAAAAUGGCCCUGAUGUUCAGUGUGGAGGUGUUCUGAUAAACAAGGACUGGGUGGUAACUGCUGCCCACUGUGACAACGAGGGAGUCAUCCACACACGGAUGGGGGAUCACAGCCUCCGGGCCAAUGAGGGCUCUGAGCAGUGCAUCACAUCAGCACAGAAAUUCAUACACCCGGCCUACAACCCUACCACACAUGACAGUGACAUCAUGCUAAUACGACUGCGCAACUCUGCCAACAUCAAUGCAUAUGUCAGGCCCAUUGAACUGGCCACUGAAUGUGCUAGGCCCAAGACUCGUUGUGAAGUGUCAGGCUGGGGCACCAUCAAGACCCCUCAAUCAGAGUUUCCUGACCUCCUGCAGUGUGCCAACGUCUACACAAUAUCAAAUGAAGAAUGCAAUAAGGCAUACCCGAAUGCCAUCACAGAAAACAUGCUAUGCGCUACCGUGAGUGGAGGUGGUAUAGACUCCUGCCAGGGUGACUCCGGAGGACCUUUGGUGUGCAACAAUAAACUCCAGGGCAUUGUUUCCUGGGGGAUGCAGGUCUGUGCCCAAGACGGAAAGCCCGGGGUCUAUACAAACAUCUGCCAAUUUAUUGGUUGGAUUCAGGACACCAUCCAAAGAAACUCAGGCUACAGGGCUGCAGACACUUGCUAG